UCCUGGUGGUGACUUAAGUGAACAGUCUUCGAUACCGUGCGGGGCUUCGGGCUGGUUCGGGUCUACCUGCGCCAGCUCUGCACCUGGGCGACCUUGGCUUAGCCCACACGGAUGACUCAACCGGCCAGGCGUCUGGGCGCCUGUCCUCUUCCUCCGCCCAGGCCGCCGACCCCCUGGCUCCCCAGCGGGGCCUCCUCCUGCCACGUGACGCCCCCGCCAGGGGCCCCAGCGCCCUCCUCGCGGACGCGCCGUUCCGGCUCCCGGGCUCCGCCUGUGCGCGGCCUCCUCGGCGCAGCCAUCCUCGCGGCUGCCGAGGGCGGCAAAGCCCACGGCAUCUGCCAUUUGUCAUUCAGCCCGUCGGUACCGCCCCGAGCCUUGAUUUAGACACGUCUGGGGCGUAUUCUGGCCUCACUCUCCUGGCGGACGGACGAACGGACGGGGCGGCUCUCCUCCCAGCCCGGCAGACCGCGGGCCUUGGCGCGCGGGGUGCUUCCCCGGGUCGCCGUCAUGGCCGCGGAGGCGGCGCGCCCGAGCUGCCUCGCCUGAGUUCCGGGGGGCUCUUGACCCCGCAGGGUUGUUUCUGCCUCGUUGAUAAGUCCUCAUUGGCUUUGAUUGCUCUCACGUCUGAUGUGGCCUCUGUUUCACAUCACAUCUAACACUCCUCUGUACCUCAGACUGACAAAGGUAUUUGCAUAGGAAUCAGAGGAGUUAAUCUUAUCUCUUCUUACAGGUUUGAAUCCUCAGAUGAGCCCCUGAGAGGACUUCACGACCACCGGGAAGCUGGUGUUUCCUGUCACCAAGCAGAUGGUCUGGUGAUCCAGGAUAUGCGCCAGCUCUAGUGAUGCACAUUACCUUUCUGCUCCUGGAACCUCACCUGUGCCUCCGACAUUCUCCUCCCAGCCCGAGACUGCAUAUAUAAACUGGGAUGUGGGAAAGCAGGAAGCAAAGCUCAUGGUAACUGAGAGGCCCAUAUCUGGGUAGAACCAGGCCCAGGCCCACGACGCGGCCUCUCCCCUGACCUGGAGUUCAGGCUGCCGUGGCUCCGCUCAUGUGCUCAGCACCAUCCUUCUUUUUGUGCUUAAAUGGCACAGCAUUUGGUCAGCGCAUCUGAAAAGGAAGGUGUGAGAAGUAAAGCCCAUGGCCACCUAUCCCUGCCAAUUAUGUGGCAAGACGUUCCUCACCCUGGAGAAGUUCACUAUCCACAAUUAUUCCCACUCCAGGGAGCGACCUUACAAGUGCUUGCAGCCAGACUGUGGCAAAGCCUUCAUUUCCAGAUAUAAAUUAAUGAGGCACAUGGCUACCCAUUCGCCCCAGAAAUCUCACCAGUGUGCUCACUGUGAGAAGACAUUCAACCGGAAAGACCACCUAAAGAACCACCUCCAAACUCAUGACCCCAACAAAAUGGCCUUUGGGUGUGAGGAGUGUGGGAAGAAGUACAACACCAUGCUGGGCUACAAGAGGCACCUGGCCCUCCAUGCGGCCAGCAGCGGCGACCUCACCUGUGGGGUCUGUGCCCUGGAGCUAGGGAGCACAGAAGUGCUGCUGGACCACCUCAAAGCCCAUGCUGAAGAAAAGCCUCCCAGCGGAACCAAGGAAAAGAAGCACCAGUGCGACCACUGCGAAAGAUGCUUCUACACCCGGAAGGACGUGCGGCGCCACCUGGUGGUCCACACAGGCUGCAAGGACUUCCUGUGCCAGUUCUGUGCCCAGAGAUUUGGGCGCAAAGACCACCUCACUCGACAUACCAAGAAGACACACUCACAGGAGCUGAUGAAAGAGAGUCUGCAGUCUGGAGACCUUCUGAGCACCUUCCACUCCAUCUCUCCCCAAUUCCAACUGAAGUCGGCUCCGUUGUCUCCUUUUCCUCUAGGAGCUCCUGCACAGAACGGGCUUGCAAGUAGCUUGCCAGCUGAGGUACACAGCCACCCCCACAACCCCUCGGAUCAAACCUCCCAGCCUGUACAACCGCUGCCAGAGCCCCUGGCCCCCCUCCACCCCGUAACGUCUCCUAGCUCUCCUCCCCCUCCCCUCCAGAAUCACAAGUACAACACCAGUUCUACCUCAUACUCCCCACUUGCAAGCCUGCCCCUCAAAACAGAUACUAAAGGAUUUUGCAAUAUCAGUUUGCUUGAGGACUUGCCUCUGCAAGAGCCUCAGUCACCUCACAAGCUCACCCCAGGUUUUGAUCUGGCGAAGGGAAGUGCUGGUAAAGUAAACCUGCCCAAGGAGCUACCUGCGGAUGCUGUGAACCUCACAAUACCUGCCUCUCUGGACCUUUCCCCCCUGUUGGGCUUCUGGCAGCUGCCCCCCCCUGCUACCCAAAAUGCCUUUGGGAAUAGCACUCUCACCCUGGGGCCUGGGGAGUCUCUGCCCCACAGGUUAGGCUGUCUGGGGCAGCAGCAACAAGAUCCCUCACUAGCCAUGAGCACCAUGAGCCUGGGCCAGCUCCCCCUUCCUCCCAUUCCCCAUGUUUUCCCAGCUGGCACUGGCUCUGCCAUCCUGCCUCAUUUCCAUCAUGCAUUCAGAUGACUGGUUUUUAAAGCGUACUUUUCUUAUUCUGGAAGGUGUUUUAAGAAGCAUUUUAAACAUCAGUUAUAAUAAUACAAAGAUUUGGAAAGCAGGACUGAAAUAUGGCUUAUUCAGUGAUGACUGGCUUGAGAUGAGAAGAGUUCUCGAACUGCAUGUAUUGUGCCAAUCUGUCCUGAGUGUUCAUGCUUUGUACCAAAUUUAAUAAGCAAGUAUUCUUUAAUGGAACUGCAAAUAUUGUCAUAACCGACAUCCAAAUGAGGGCUGCUAUAUAUAGGUGUUUGUCAAAUUGAAUUUAAUCGUAAGCCAUGAUCAUAAUAAUGUUAACUAAUUUUAUGUGGCACUGCCUAGUAAGGGAACUAUGGAAAGGUUUGGAUUUCUCCAAAAUGGGAGAAUUUUUAAAAUAAGAAAAUAACCUUUAUAUUGCAUAUUAUAACUAGGCUGUGUAUUUCUUUUCAGGGAUUUUUCUACCUUCAGGGUUGGAUGUAGUUUAGUUACUAUUGCCAUAGCCAACCUGUAGUUUUACAGAAACAAUUUCUUGUGGAAUAAUAGACGUCUCCAUUUUUAAAAAGCAUUUUAAAUGUAGUUUGAAUAUUUUCCACAAGAUGCUACAAUGUGAGUUAUCACUUCAUUUAUCUUAAAGACUAAACUGGUUGUCAGUUACAUCUGACAGAAAAAAAAAAAUCACUGUGUAACCAGGUUAAGUGGUAAAAUAAUCCAGGCGUCAGUCAAAAAAAGCAUUUUGCUGACUUUAAUAUUGAUUAUAUUUUUUAACAGGAAUUUAAGAAAAUAUUACUGGAAUUUUAAAAUAUAUAUAUAUUAAACAGGAAUUUUCUUUGCUCUGGCUUAAAAUACUACUCUGCUUAAGUAUUAUUUUUAAUCACCAAUAAAUGCAUUUUAAAUUCAUCAUUUAAGUCAAUAUUAGUUUUAUUCAAAAAGGUUAACAUUUGCAAUGUAACUAUAAUCGAUGUCUUGAAUUUGGUAUCUAAUGAAUUUUAAAAAUAUAAAACCUAACCUUUUUUUUUUAAAGCUCCUUUGUCUUUUGUGUUUAGAGGCUUUCUAUAUGAAGAUAUAUCUUACAUAUAAUAAACUCUACAAAUCCUGCA